AUGCAGGCACUCAGUCGGUCAGAUUUAUCCAAGCAUCACGAGGUUGAUGAUCUCUGGGUGGCAAUCCGGGGCAAAGUAUAUAACGUUACCAGCUACGCCGACGACCAUCCUGGAGGUAUCGAAGUCUUGAAGGACGUUGCUGGAUCCGACGGCACUGAAAGCUUUGAAUAUGUGAGCCAUUCAGAGGACGCAUACAAUACACUUGAAAAGUUCCAAGUUGGAGUGAUC